AUGUCACGUCCUGAGGAUAUCUUGCCUCCUGACCUCUUCUAUGAUGACAACGAAUCUCGCAAAUAUACCACAUCAUCGCGAAUUCGUAACAUACAGUCCGAUAUGACCAAUCGAGCGCUUGAGCUUCUUGAGCUUCGAUCUCCUUCAUUGAUUCUUGAUGUUGGCUGUGGCUCCGGUCUUUCCGGCGAAAUUCUUUCUGCAGUGCCUCCUGAACAUGGUGGGCCUCAUACCUGGAUAGGCAUGGAUAUCUCGCCUAGCAUGCUUGAUAUCGCGCUUCAACGAGACGUAGAAGGGGACUUGUUUCUUGCUGACGUCGGACAAGGUGUACCAUUUCGCCCCGGCGCUUUUGAUGCAGCUAUCAGUAUCAGUGCUAUCCAGUGGCUCUGUAAUGCUGAGACGAGUGACGUUAGUCCUGAAGGACGUUUACGACGUUUUUUUGAGGGUCUUUAUGCUAGUCUACGACGUGGAGGUCGUGCUGUUUGUCAAUUCUACCCCAAAAAUGAUGCACAGCGAACAAUGAUCAGCAGUGCUGCCGUCAAAGCUGGCUUCGGGGCAGGUAUACUAGAAGAUGACCCUGGGACCAAAAACAGCAAAAUAUACCUCGUUCUAACUGUUGGCGGUGGCGGUCUACAAGGCGAUAUUACAGGCGUCGUGAAUGGUAUGGAGGAUGUUAAUAUCUUGGACGUUAGAAGAAAGGCUACGGAGCACGGAAGAACGCUAUCGUCUCGCAAAGGUGAUAAGGCUUGGAUUAUGCGAAAAAAGGAACAGAUGACGAAAAAGGGCAAGAUUGUGAAACAGAAUUCCAAGUACACUGGCAGAAAGCGACGUCCCGCCUUUUGA